AUGAGGAGUUCCGGCGUGUUUCGGUCGUUUUUUGACGCAGGCACAAACAUUGUCACGCGCUUCGUUUUGUUGAUUUUGAGCUCGGCGAUAUACCACGGGUUCGUAAUCGCCGAAGUGUUGUUAAACAACUCGCAUUUGUGGUACCCGCCAUGUUUGUCCCAGGCGAAUGUGAAACUUCAAAGAGUACUAUAUAAAUUCAUCAACAUAUACUUUGCAACAGUGGCGAGGAAGACAGCUAUGAUGCCAUACAUCCUGCGACGGUUCAUCUGGUUCCUGGUGAAAUGUCUGGCAAUCAUAGUGGCACCAAUAACAUGUAUUUUAAAUAUAUUUCGAGGCGGAACCUGCCCGCCUCCUACAAACCCGCUACUCUUCAAGUCGGCUACCACUUUGGCUGCGAUGAUACGAAAGAAACAGUUGAAAUCGGAACAGUUGGUGUCAGCUUACGUCGAGAGAUGCCGAGAAGUGAACCAGUAUCUGAACGCAAUUGUGGAACCCCGGUAUGAACAGGCUAUUGAAAAAGCGAAGAACGUCGACAGUAUGUUGGCUUCUACAACAGAGUCCAUUGAGAGCCUAGCAGAGAAAUAUCCACUACUGGGCAUCCCAUUUACGGUCAAAGAAAGCAUAGCUGUUAAAGGCAUGAGUAAUGACGCCGGUACCGUAAAAGAUAAGAGGAUCCCUGCAGAGAAAGAUGCUUGUAUCGUAAAGAUGGCUAAAGAAGCCGGGGCUAUUCCCAUAGCCGUGACAAACACGCCCGAACUAUGCAUGAAUAUGGAGACCUAUAAUAUGGUUACUGGUUUAACUCAAAACCCCUACAACUUGAAAUGCACUGUCGGUGGUUCUUCGGGUGGCGAAGCUGCCCUAAUUUCUUCUGGAGCUUCUAUUAUGGGAUUGGGCUCCGAUAUCGCUGGAUCUUUGCGACUUCCCUCUAUGUUCACAGGAAUAUUUGGACACAAACCAUCACCAAGACUGUUGUCCGUUGAAGGACAUGUGCCAGACAGCUUGGACCCUGACUUUGAAGAAUAUUUCGCUCUCGGCCCUUUAACUCGUUACGCCGAAGACCUGUCAUUACUUUUAAAAGUUCUACAAGCACCAGAUGCCCAUAGUAUACCAUAUGAUACACCUGUCGAUUUUAAGAAAAUGAAAUUCUAUUAUAUGGAAGGCGACGGUAGUGGUAUUGCAAGUUCGAUCGAUUCAGAUGUCAGAAUGGCAAUGGAAAAAGCGAAGCAUCACAUACGCUAUACAUACAAUGUUGAAGUUGAAGAGCUGAAAAUCAAAAACAUGCACCACAUGUGGGAGAUCAGCAUCAGAGUACUUUUCAAUAUAAAACACAUCCGUAACAUUUACACCGACCCAAAGAAGCGGGACUCGUUAUUGCCGAUGUGGCCCGAGGUUUUUAAGAAAAUAUUGGGAUGCUCAAGGCAUAGCAUGACGUGCGUCGGAUACGGUCCUGUGAAGAAGUUCUUCGACGCGUUACCGUCUUGCUACUACAACAAACUCAUCAACGUUUUCGAAGAGGUGAAGGUCGACUUUCAGAAAGCUCUGAAGGAGAACGCGGUGUUAUUCUACCCGACGUUCCCAAGCGCGGCGCACGAGCACUACAAGUUCUUGUAUAAGUUCCUAAACAUCAGUUACCUUUCGGUAUUCAACGCCUUGGGGUUGCCAGUUACGACGUGCCCGUUGGGCUUCAACGAAAAGGGGAUGCCGGUCGGAAUGCAAAUAGUGUCGGCCCGGUAUAACGACCAUUUGACAAUAGCUGUCGCCAAAGAGUUGGAAAAGGCAUUUGGCGGUUGGGUCCCCACUAACACAACCCUUGAAACUGUCAAUAAAUACAGAAACGCGGAACUCAACGUCGAUGUGAACAGUAACAAUAAGUCGACGAGU